GGGAUCGGCUGGAUGCCAAUCCUUCACACUAAUCGCGGUUGCAGGAUCCCUGAUCGGCUCGGUCUUGUGUUUCGUUGAGGGUUGCUUCCUUGUUCUGGAGGCAUUUUUCCAGUACUUCCAUAUGAUAUCACAACGGCUGGCUGAAGGAGGUAUCAUACAGCUACUCAUCGAAGCCAUAGAUACGUUUCUUGUUGGAACUGCUCUGCUUACGUUCGGGAUGGGGUUGUAUGUCAUGUUUUCCGGCUCUGCCGACACUAAACAGAACAGAGGAUGGCAAAUUGCCGAGUCCAGCCUUGGCUCAUUUAACCUUCAGAUGCUUGCAAAGAGUAUGGAGAUGCAGUCGAUAUCAGAGGCAAAAUCAAAAAUUGGGCAUGCCAUACUUUUGAUACUUCAAACAGGGAUGUUAGAAAAGUUCAAGAACGUGACCUUGGCCAGUGGCUUGGAUCUAGCUUGCUUUGCCGGAGCUGUAUUCAUCUCCUCAGCUUGUGUUUUCCUCCUUUCGAAGCUCACAAUGCAACGAAGCAAAAGUGCAUGGAUAUAAUUCAUCACAGGCUACCAGAUUAGAAAAACAACUGCAGGAUACUUCUCAGAGGAUCAGAAUUAUUCAAUCCAAAUUUUAUUCAAGUGUCGUAAUUAAUCAAUCACAGUUUUUUUUUCUCUUUUUUUUUGGUGGGGCUGAGAAACUUGACAGAAACUGACGCAGUGAUAAAGCAGUAAGUAUGAAAAGCAGGAAUUACAG